UGUAUGUAACCUAGAAAGAGUUAAAAGUUUGCCAGCUGUUUUAGUUAAAAUAGUCCUUUUAAAUUGAAUAUUACUAGGUAAUACAUACCGAAUACAAAUGGCCUCGGUGGUUCAGUAUGGCCGACGAAGAGGGUCCAGUAAGAGAGGGUCUUCAGCUGAGGAAGGCAGCAGGAUGAUCCAGCCACCAGACCUCCGACAAGUCACCGUCUUAACCAAGAGUGAGUGGCUGAGGAUUCAAGAUGAAUUGAACCAGGUUCAUAAAGACAAGGAGAGGAUGAGAGAGGCAGCAAAACAGAGGCAGGCCUUGCAUUUGCAAUCACAAGAGGUGGUGAAACUGUGGCCCAACACCAUCGCUAGUCAAAUGAAAAAGAAAAUGGAGGCAAAGAAGAUCCGGGAGGAGAUUGAGGAGGAGAAAAGGAAACUGGCUGAGAAAGAAGAGACCGAAUAUCAGGAGCAGCAGCGGAAAGAGGCCAUUGAAAAAGCCCAAAGUCAGCUGUUCUACCAAACAGACCGUGUCAAAGGAUUACAUGGUGCGUUCUUACUGACAGAGGUGCUGAAGGAAAGGGAGGCACAGAUUGAACUGAAGCAAAGAAUCAAACAUGCCUCUAAAGACGUUGACAAAGAAUUCCUGGAUGCGACAAAGACCAGAGACGCUGAAGCCUCGAGGCAGGAUCAGGAGAAAGCCCUUCAGAAAAAGCUCGGGAUACGGACUGUUGCAGAAGAACUGAAGAAACAGGUCAAGGAACGUGAGCUAGUGAGAGAGCGUCAGAAGAUAGAGAACACGAAGGACGGAGAGGAAACCCAGCACCUUCAAGAGCUCCACCGGUGGGAGCAAAGGACGGAGGAAGAAAGACAAGCAAAGCUGAGGAGAGAUCUCAUGCACGCUCACAAGGAACAUAUCACCAAUAGGGACCUCAUAAAAGCGGCAGAUGCACAAAAACAGGAGGCUGAAGAGGAGCAAAGGAAACUUUUUCUCUCUGCAAAGCAAAACAUUAUGAAGUUGCGGGAAGACAAAGAAAAAGAACUGUUCAGAGAGGCACAAACGCACAUAGAGAAGAUCAUGAACAAGCUGCCCGUCCUACAGGAUCAAACCGACAGAGAGGAGCAGGGGAUCGCAAAGGUUGUUGCUGAGCAGGAAGCAAAUAAGGCCCGACAGCAGCGGGAGAAGAGGGAGAAGAAGGCUAAGAUGUUGGAGUCGAUAGCUGAGCACAGAGAACUCAUGAGACAAGAAAAGGAGCAGAGGGACAAAUCGACAGAACAGGACACCCGAGACAUACUUCAGGCCAAGAAAGAGGCCGACCGAAUAUUUUCUGAGAAACAACAAGUGAAGGCUCAGAGGAUGAAAGACGACGGAAGAAAACUACGAUACUUCAAUGCCACACAAAUGGCUGAUAAAAGUGCCAGGCGUCAGCAGCUGAGAAGAGAGGAACACGAGUUUGAAGUGAAGAACGCAGAGCUCAUCGCUGAAGAGGAAAACCAGUUCCAGCAGUAUUCACAGCACAUCAUCAGAGCGGCGGCGGAGGCUCAGCGAAACGUCUUCCCACUUUGCAAAGCCGCACGAGGAGUAAGGCCUAGCCACCUCGUUCAGGACGUCUCUGGUUCCACCCAGAACAUUAAGAAGUUAAAUGAGGCCAAAGAUAUUGAAGAGGCAAAGAAGAGGCUUGGGUUUACAUGGUUAUAGGUCACUCCAGGCUGGCUAUUCUGGUUUCAAAGGUUUAAUAAAGUCCUUAAGAUGU